GCAUGAUAUGGAUUAAUAAUGAAUGAUGCCGACACUUCAAUGCCUUGUGCGGAGCGGAGAUACGUGGCGUCUGGUGGGCGGAAUUCCGACGCAACCGGGGUUGGCUAGGCUACAUGAUCCUUCGACGAUAAUGGCGGACUUUGGUUUUGUGGCUGAGGAGUAAGACGCGGGGCCGUCGCUCCAUCCUUAUAAGCCGCCGGAAGUCGGCGAUUCUAGACCUUUGAGCUUCAUCCAUAAUUGUCCCUCGCCAAGUCAGCAUAGUACCGCAAAACCCAAGUCCAAAUCGCCACCAUGUCGUCGCUCUAUCAGCAAUUCGUCCCGGUGCUCAUCAAGUACCUCAAGAACCUCGGGCUUAUCCUUGAGAAGGCCGAGAAGUUCUGUGAGGAGAAGGGGAUCAAGCCCGAGGACAUGAUUACGUAUCGGCUCAUCGCUGACAUGCAAGGCCUGGCGUACCAAGUUCGGUCGUGCUCAAACACGUCCAAGUUCUCGGUGCAUCGCCUCGGUGCACCCGACAUCCCCGUCUUUGAGGACAAUGAAGAGACGUUCGAGGAGCUUCAGUCUCGCAUAAAGCGCACCGUUGAGAUGCUGGAGAAGGUCGACCCAGAACUCAUCAAUAGCAAGUUGAAUGAGGAAUUCAUCAUGGAGACCAAGAUGGGCAACUUUCGGUUCCAGUCGGGACAGCAAUACAUCUCCGAGUACAUCAUUCCCAACUUCCAUUUCCAUUUGAGUUCGGCGUACUGCAUUUUGCGGACGCAGGGAGUGCCGAUUGGGGCAUUGGAUUACCUCAACGAUGUCUUUGUCAAGGUCUAGGCUGGACGGUCCGCGAUGGAAUAAUGGGGCCGAUGUGGUUGAAUGGAGAUGAGGGUAUGCGGAACUGGAGGAUAUUCUUUAAAAGGGGC